CUUGUCUAGGUUUGCUAAUCGCUAAGCCACGUGAUUAAGUGGGCGGAGCGAUCAUCGUCCAGGCGUCAUGUCAAUUAGGGCAUUGCAGUGAUCAGAUAUAUAUAUAUAUAUAUAUAUAUAGUCAACGUCGGGCUAUCAUUUGAUAUCGACUACGCUGAAAUGCGGCAACGUUUUGAAGUCACUAUUGUGGUGAUGUUGGUCGGUGUGUUGGGCUGCCACGCUUCGCAUUUCAGGGGAGGGAGCAUUUUUUGGAAACAAAGCCAGAGGGGUGACACGAUCGAUAUCGAAUACCGCGAGUCCUGGAGGAGGACCUCCCAGACCCCCGAAUGUAAUGAGACAACAAUCUCACUGGGCCUCAACAGUUCCGCAGAGGGAAGGCUCCGGGAGUUAUCCACGUACAGUACACUUAGUUAUAACCACCCAUAUGAAGUUCUCUUUUCGGAUAACUUUUCUUACGUCUGCACCGACUACAGCCUGUCGGAAGACUGGCAAACCGGUCGUGGCCACAUCGAUUUCCCUUUCAAUAUAUCAAGAGGAAAAUCAUUUUAUACUCUAGAAUUCGCCUCAUGCUGUUGGAUUGACACGUUGGUUUAUGGCAAUGGUUCGAAUUGGGCGUUAAGGAUCACCAUGGAUACUCGAGUGCGCGCGGACACCGGGAGAAUGAACGCAUCACCGCGUGUUGAUUUCCCUCCCAUCGUCCGAGUGCAGUAUGGUUGUAACCACACCAUUAAUAUACCGAAGGGAGACGAAGACAACGACGAAGUCCGCUGUAGAUGGGCAACCCGAGAGGAGAGCGCGGGGGUGUACAGGUCAUUCCCGAACGCUGUCUUAGACGAGAGUAACUGCAGCAUAACGUACGCGGCAAACUAUCAGCUGGGCUGGUACCCGGUCGCCAUACAGAUAGAAGAUUUCACUUUAAACUCACCCAACAGCCCUCUGAGCAGCAUUCCUCUGCAGUUUCUAGUGUCCGUUGAAGACAAGAACGCAAGUUGCAACGUUACCGAAAAAGAACGCCCGAAAUUCGUAAAUUUCACCCUUCCCGAUAAGGCGUGCAUCGGGGUCAUGACCGAUACUGAUUUCUUGUCCGAUAUCUACAUUCAGAGUGGGUCAAACAGCAGCAUAUCGGAAGUGAAUACGGUCUCCCCGAUCGGACUGGUCAAGUCCAGUCUCCAGCGGUCAAACCAGACCGGACACUGGCACAUCAGCGUCCAGUGGAACCCGAACACCUCCAACUCCAUCAACAACGUGUUCUGUUUCACCGCCGUGGACGACAAUGGGUUGUCCAGUGACCAAAGGUGCAUAACUCUGCUAGCUGGAGUUCCAGCCGCCGAAAUUAUACGCGGUUCACAGAUGCCUGCAAUAACACAAGUUCCAAAGACGCAGACCGUUUGGUCCGUGGAAUUUAACAGACCAGAUAAGCCCGCCGCACGGUCUGCAUACAUCUACCUUUACUUAUCAAAUGGGACCUUAGUUGAGGCAAUCAAUGUUCUGACGUCACCUGGCGUGACAUACACCUUCGUUAACAACCGCACGCGCAUUCACUUCACGACGUCAUCAUCCCUUCUACCCGGCCAAGGGUAUUAUUUUCUAUUCGGACAAGGUCUAGUGCAGGGCACAGAAUACUGCGGUGCUGAGUCAAAGCCUGUGCUGGAUCCGUUCUUCUGGCGUUUCACUGUCAAUCCAGAGGCAACAAUUUCUAUUGAACAUGUGAGCUGUUUUGAAGGACCAACUCCUAUAGCAUGCAAAGAAGGACUUUUCAAUUGCACCGGUAUGGGUAACGAAUCCUGGUCAUUCACCAGCCCCUGUAACCAGAUUAACAAACUGCACAAUCAGCUGAAAUUCUCCUACCCAGGGGCUCAGAACAAGUUCAUUCUGUGUGACCUGUCCGGGAAAACAUAUGUGGGACACUGUCCUCCAGGCGAGAUAUUCUACGAACAGUGUUCCACGUGUAGCACCAUUGGCAUCACACCAUGUUGAUUCAAUAUUUAUUUACUCAAUGGAGUUUAAAUUGCCCAUUAGUGUCCACGAUUAUCAUGUUUUAUUGCUUUCGUACAUAUACGUAAAUCACGUUAUUCGGAAAGGGGCCAUAUGCGGCCAGCGUACGCUUAUGAGGCCACGUAAACUUGCGGACAGGGAAGCUCUUGACUAGACGCCGCAGCUGCGUAGGCUUGUCUGGAGCCAUGCUGGCUGCAUGAAGCAUAAGACCAAUCUUUGAAUGACCCGGGCUACAUAUUCGAAUGUACUCCAGCAAAUAUAGUUUGAAGCGUUUCUCUUCAUUAUUUUUCUCGCGCAGCCCCUUGUCAUGUGUGUGUUAAAUGUCUAUCGGAUUAAAACGUUAUUUUAA